UGACACGUGUGAUGCAUUUACUGUACCUGUUCAGAAUCAAACAUGUUCUGCAGUAACCACGUCUGCCGUGUCUUCUGAAACUUCCAGCCGGCACGAUUGUGAGCCCAGCUGCGAAGACAACAAAGGAUUUGGAGCGGGGUGCUUCUCAUACUGGGGUGCCAACAAAAUCAUUUACUAUAAAUUAUGUAGUAUCCGUUAUUAAAAAAAUAAUUUAAAAAAGGCAUACCUACAUUUGGGUAUUGGUGCUCUAAUAAAGCAAACAUAAUAAACCGAUUAGUCCCUACUUUAGUUUUGGUCCUAAUAAAAGCUCAGAUAUGAUUGAUAAGCACACAAGAGUUUCCAGUACAUUGGGCUCGAAGCAGCACCUUUUUUGUGUUUUUCUGUGUCGAAAAGAAGACUUAUCGUCGAACUCAAACCAGUCUCUUACCAGUUGAGGUAAUCCAGGGCCUGCUGGGACGCGGUGGGCCCAGACUCUUCGUUUUUUGGAGAGCUAAUCCCCUCUGCUUUCAGCCUCCUCUUCUCCUCUUUUUUCCAGAUCUUUUUCAUCUUUCUCUCCAGGACCCGCCUCUCCUCCGGGCUCAAGUCCUCCUCUCCCUCGGGAGCGUCGGCUGGAUCUGAAAUCUAUCGCGCCAAAGCAAAACAAAACGUUCAAGACAGUUCUAACCAAUAGAGAUCAUGUUUUGAAGUAUUUACACUGCCGUCCAAAUGUUUGGGGUUACCCACACAAUUCCAUGAAAAGACUACUACACAGCUCUGUAAAAAAAAAAAAAAAAAAGAGAGAAACGGAUCUUUCCAGAGCGUCAUACAGUGGACAUAAAAAGUCUACACACCCCUCUGCUCAAAUGCCAGGUUUUAGUCUUAUAAAGAAUGAGACCAAGAUAAAUCAUUUUAAAACUCUUUUCCACCAUUAAUGUGACCUUUUCAAAUGUUUUGAGUUUAUCUUUUCAAGAGGGGAAGCUAAAAAUAAAACAACAGAAAUGUGGUUGAAAAAGUGUGCACAUCCUCAAAACUGGUAUCUGUUUAGAAUCAACUUUCAUGACACCAUAAAAAAAAAAAAAAUCUCCCCAACGCAUGUGGGGAAAUGUGUUAGCAAAGCAAAUGUAUUUAUAUAGCGCAUUUCAUACACAAGGUAACUCAAUGUGCUUUACAUGAUUAAAAUGUUAAACGUUAGGUUACAUAAAUGGUGGAAAAAGGUUUUAAAUGAGCGAUCUUGGUCUAUUUUUCAAUAUCACUGUAGAAGAAGGUGGUUUUACUUUUGCAUCCAAAUUAUCUCAUGUUUGUCAACUUCCGCUCUUGAAAUGAUAAAACUCUAUUGAGUUGAACAAAUUAUAUGUCAGAUUAAUGGUGGGAAAUGAUUUAUCUUGGUCUCAUACUUCCUGCUAUUAUAGACCCUAAACUUCUAAACGUUAGCGCAUGUAAAAAAAAAAAAAAAAAAAGAUCAGUAAACAAUCGCAUCUGUCUUUGAAUAAGAAAUCGUAUAUUUUCCUGCCGUUAUUCUGCAUGCAGCCAGUUUCCCGAGUUGAAAUUCUUCCGAGUGCAAUUUGUAAAACCAAGUAGAAGCAAAGCUUUAAAAACAAACCAAAAAAAAAAAAAAAACACUUCCUGUUGCUUUGCAGGUUGACAGGGCGUUUCCUGUAUUUGCAACACCGUAGACAUUUUUAGUGUGCGGUCUAUACUUUAUGCAAUGCGCAACAUCAUUGUGCUGGAUUACAAAUUUUAUUCUAUUUUUUUGUCAGUUGAAUCCAAUUUUUCAAAUUUCAUGAAUAAAAACAAAGAGCAACUAAUACUGGUGUGUGUGUGUGUGUGUGGGGGGGGGGGAUAAUAAUAACAAAAAGAAACCACUACAGCCCGCUUCAAAAACAAAAUUCGAUCCUCAGGGGAGGUGAAACAAGGGAGCAAGUAUGUUUUCGGAUUUAACGGUCCUCAGUCUGCAAGGUGAAGCGGAGAAGGUGAGAAAAGAGAGAGGGGAAGAAAAAAAAGAAAAAGAGGGGUGGAAAAUUUUCUGAUCACAUGGCCACAAAGUCACUCAGAAAGUAUGCUGGCGGGAUGCCGCUCGCAGAAGUGUAACCAUCUUUCCUCGUGAGCGCUUGCGUCCCCGCGACGAGCAUCUUCGUCUCUUUUGUCAGCCCGCUUGGCUCGGACUCAAGCGGCAGCCGUCGAGUCGGGAGAUAAAAAAAAAAACGGGAGACGAGUGAGUGACGACAACUACACAAACGUACAAAAAAAAUAAAAAUGUCCGGCGAGCACGCCACGCAAACGCUGCCAAACAGCUCGGCCGCGGCGGUCAACGCCUCCACGCCGUCGCAGACGGCCGCGCUGGAGCUGAUCGCGGCCGCCGACCUGAUCUCCGCGGCCAACCGCGCGUACGCCGUCCUGGCUGCCACGGGCCUUCGUGGCCGGCUGCUUCCUGCUCUACGGCUUCGUUGACACCUGGAGAGCGCGGCGCCGCGUGACCUGGCUGGACCGGUUGCUCUGGGCCUUCUGCGGCCUCCAGCUGCUGCUGCUGCUGCUCUUCUCCCUCUACAACGUGGUGCACCGUCCUGACAGCUUGAGGACGGCGGCGUUGGGCUGCGCCGCGCUCUCCUUCGCCAUCAAUACGGCGUCUCUCUGCGGCCUGUUGGUUUUAGCGCUGAUGGCUUACGGUCUCGCCCUCGACCCGCCGUCCAACGGAUUUCUGAGGAGGCCUGGCAUCUGUGCGGCUCUGGUGGUCCUGACGUCCGUUUGCAUCUCUCUGCUUCUAGCUGUCGUCCGAGGACCGAGCGACGGUCUUCGCCAGGAGACGGACUGUUUUAUGGAUCCGGUCCACGCUGGAGUUCCGUACGCCGUCGCAAAGCUGUGCUUGGCUUUUCUGAUCCCUUACAUUCUCCAACUGGCACUUCUGACAUGCGGCUGCGUGCAACAGAGACAAUCAAACGGGAGGUUUCUCUCGGGUUCCGAGCAGACUCCGGUGUUCCUGGCGGUGAGCGCGACGCUGCUGUUCUGCCACCUCUUCUACGCGGCGGCUCUGGUGAGGGCAGCGCGGUCGCAGGCGCGGGGCGAGCUGAGCCACCGGCAGCGGGCGUUCGUGAGCGUGGCCGAGCUGAUCUUCUUCGCGGGGAGCUGCGCCUGCCUGGCGCUGGUGCCGUUCGCUCAUCGGCCCAGUCGAGAGAGGCUGGUCGGACUGUUCAGGCGGGCGGCCGAUCGCUGCCCGCGUCCGGCGCACGCUCAGCCCAACAGGAACAUCAUCACGCCGCACAUCGAGAUCGCAGACACCCUGCAGGACAUCGAGUCGUAGAGCUCCAAAUCGCUCUCGUCCAUGAAGAUUUCUUCUCAAGCACAAAAUGUAUGCAGAGGAGCGCUUCCAUGACUCAAAUCUUAUACAAUGGCGCCUUAAGAUACGAGUGACCUGACUCGCGAUAUGAGCAGUCGCUCAGCAGAAUUUUCGUAUUGACUUCCAAGCAAACAUUUGAGAUACAAGCGCUGGAAGGGAGCAGUGAACUAAACUCACUUCACAACAAGCAACAUUAUGGCCGACCUCAAAAAUGAGGCUUCAAUCUUUUCAUUGCCCCACCAAGUCGAAGUUUUUUUUAUUACAAUUGUUUUUAAAACAACCACAGAGUUUCACUUUAGAUGAGUCCAUUUAGCUUAAUGCUAACAAAUAAUGCAAAACGUCAUCCACGGGCUAACAAAUAGCAUCGGUAUUACGUUGUUAUAACCCUUUAAGCAAUGGAUAUUUGAACACAAACAGUGGAACAACGUAGACAGAUAUAAUUUUCACAGGCAUAUAUUCAUCAUCUGCAAAGAACGAUUAAUAUUACUGCAGCUUACUGAGGAGGUUUGACCAACCCCAUGUUGAUCUGCAUGUCUGUAUUAUACUGCCCCCAGGUGGCCAAGGCGCGCACAUCAGAAGGAGUGGCACAAUGUCGAUUGAAUUUAAACCCCCCCCCCCAAAAAAAAUUUGCAAACACUUUCCAUUUUUUUCUAUUUAAUCAUGUCAUUACUGUAUCUUUAACUUUUCAUCAAGUACAAUAUUAUAGAGCACCAUUUUACUUAUUAAAAACAUCCCAAAUUUAGUUUUUUGUGUUUUGGGGGGGGGGGGGGGGGGGGGGCGCUGGAACAAUUAACGGCAUUUUCAUUAAUUUCAAACGGGGAAAAAAAUUGAGAUGCGAAUGUUUUGAGCUACAAGCGUGGUCACGGAACAAUUUAAACUUGUAUCUCAAGGCACAGCUGUGUAGCAAAACUCAGGAAACUCCAAGGUACUCUCUUUGGAAAAAUAAAAAAAAGCCUUAUUGUUAUGAAUUGGUCAUUUUUAAGCUUACAAAUAAUGACGUGUUUUGGCAUUAAAGCAAUUGUCAGGGAGUCGACUGUUUUCAAACUGGAAAAGACUUCCUUCUCACCACAUUGCUGAAGUCCUGAGAGUUUAGACCAGGGCUGUCUGAACUUGUUUUUCCUUGUUUGUAAGCAUUGGUGUCACACUUUGCAUGUUGACCGGACAGUGGCACAAAAACAAACAACACAUUGUCACACCGCCACACAAAUGUAUUUUAAAUGAGUCAUACCUCAAUUUGCAUUGUCGUCUCUGUUUGCCCUUUUUUUUGUUUCUUUUUGCGCUCCUUGACUUUAGUGUUUUGGUCUUCCUCUACCGUAAGGGUGAUGUCUGGAAUUUGAACUGGAGCCUCCUGGGCAAGAGGGGGAAAAAAUGCCUGUAAGUGCUGUCAAAAAAAUAAUGAUUGUAAGUAGGACGGGGUGAUAGGGAGUUAAAAUAACAUUUCAGAUUUUUUCAGAAAAAUCAGAUUUGUAAUUAUAAUCAAUGACCAGAAAAGCAAAUGACAAUGACAUAAUUCAAAUCGAGUUUUGCUUCUUGUUUUUUUGCCCUUCUGGGAUUUGCUUAAUUUCUCUUGACCCCAAACAAUGCAAUUGUCUUUUCCAACAAUAAAACUUUAUUGUUCCACUCA